UGGAGACGACGAUGGUUAUUUUUUGCAAGCCAAUAAAAAUGGGCUAAAAUAGUUUUUGAAUAGAUUUUAGAUAAAUAGAAUUCCGCUUUUACUCUUCUUCCACUUACACUUUUAUCAUAUUUUGCGGUAAACCGGGGACGGUAUAAAGGCGUGAGAAGCAGGGCUGGAUGCAGUUGCGGAUUGCGAAAAAAUAGCGUGGUCUUUUCGAUCUGCGGAUUCUACCCAUGUCCUCCCUAUACCCUCUAUAUUGAUCCGACCAAAACCGGACUCGACUUUAGUUUCAUCCCUUCUAAUCACUACUUCCUACUUAAGCCGAUUAAAUUAAUCAACUUUAAAACCCUAUUAUGUAUCUAUCAUUUUUAGCUAUAAUCUUUCAUAGCUUCCUAUAUUACCCUGAACCUCUCCAAGUCCCAUUAACCCCUUCAAAUCAACUUAUAUACCUGAUAAUUCCCAAAGUCCUACCUAUAUCCUCCACAAAUCCCUCUCCUCUUUUUUUAUAUCCUCCUUAUAUCCUUUAUACUGAUCCGACCUAG